GCAAGUUGCAAAAUGCUGUUUGCUUCUUCUUCUUCAUCAUCUGGUUCUGGUGGAGUGGAUACUGGAGUGAAGAGAGGAAUUCCAGAGAAACGGAUAAGACCCAGUUUGUAAGCAGUUUUUCGCGGUGCUCGUUUGGAAAUGGCGUCCUCAUACGCAGCAGCUGCUCUAUCCUGGAGCGCUUCCUCUUGGCUUCACAGCUUCACCGGCCAAACCAAUGAAGCUUCCGUGAUGCCAGAUAGAAAAUUGGCUAUGCCGGUCGUUGCCCAGAAGAAAGCCAAGAAGACUAGAAAGAUAAUAUUGAAAGAGGAUGUGGAGUAUGUGGGGAAGAGGGGGCAGCUAAUUGAUGUGAAGGCUGGCUUCUACAGGAACUUCCUCCUGCCCAUGGGCAAGGCCCAGAUUGUCACUCCUGUUUUACUCAAGGAAAUGCGAAUGGAGGAGGAAAGAAUUGAAGCUGAGAAACUGCGGGUAAAAGAAGACGCUCAGCAGCUUGCUCGGAUAUUUGAAACUGUUGGAGCCUUCAAGGUGAAGCGCAAAGGUGGAAAGGGCAAACUGAUAUUUGGCAGUGUGACUGCUCAAGAUCUUGUCGACAUCAUAAAGGCACAGCUUCAAAGGGAUAUAGACAAGCGUAUCGUCUCACUUCCAGAAAUUCGUGAAACUGGAGAGUAUGUUGCUGAACUCAAGCUUCAUCCUGAAGUCACUGCUCGUGUAAGGUUGAAUGUCUUUGCCAACUGAGGUCAUUUGUACCUUCCAAUAUCCCCCAGGACACCUGAACAAAUUUCACAUUUCUGGGGGUGCAGGCGGAGUUGUGAAUGUGUUUAGUUGGAUGCAACAAAUCAAGAUUAGUUUGUAAACCGUACAGAUGUACUGAACAGAAUAUUUAUGGAGAUGGCUUUGUGUUUCACUUAAAUUGUUCAAAUGGAACAAAGUACAUGGCAGGUCGAUCCUUUCGUCAACAUAUGUAGUUAGUUGUUGUGGGUGAGAAGAAUGUACUGAACAGAACAUUUUUGGAGAUGGCUGUGUUUUACUCAAAUGAUUCAAUGGAACAGAUUACAUGGCAGACUGAUCCCGGGGGAAAAAACAAUGUGAAAAAAAGAACGAAUGUUGCUGCCCAGGAUCGAACUGGAGACCUUUUGCGUGUAAAGCAAACGUGAUAACCAC